AUGGAUUACGCGUAUCCGGCCCCAGUAGCAGGAUCCUGUUUCGUGCAGGAUGAAUGGGGGAUCUAUGUAAUCGGGGGACUCGUGGACGGCAAACCCACAUCGGAAGUCACGUUUUUUUAUUGUACCGAUCACACAGUGUGCCGAGCAACGCCCAUGAAGAUGGCUCGAAGCGGAGCAUCGGCAAGCUUGAUAGACAAGAAGAAGAUAUACGUGUUUGGAGGGUGCUGUGAUGACGCUGCUGAUUCCUCCAAGUGGGCAGAGGUGUAUGAUCUCGAAACCGUAACUUGGGAGUUCGUGUCUGUGGUUACGCCCAAGAUGCCCCUCAAAAUCCAACAAAGUGUGGUGAUGGACGACAUGAAGCAUGUUUACGGGGUGGAUGAGGAUGGUCAAAUCUUUAAUUUUUCAAGCAGUGAAUGCAAGUUUGAGGCAGCAGAGGACGGAAGAACGGAGUCUAACCCGGAAAACAGAAACGAUUGGCUUAAAGCUGAUCAUCAAGCAUUGUUCUGCCGUGGUACCGGCGGGAGAAUACUGUGGCGUUUUCCAUUUCAGUCGGAUUGGCAGGAAGUCAAGGGUUUGGAAGAGCUGCAGCAGCGACACUCUGGUUUUGAUAUCAUCAAAUUCUGCUUCUACGAUCAUGAGAGGAUGGCCAUCUUCUGGGAAGCCCGGCCUCAAUGUCCUGAUCAGAAUUUGGAGCUUUGGUAUGCCGAGUUUAUCAUUACGAAAUCACUGAAUAAGAAGAGUGAUUUAUGGGAGCUUUUCGCCAACAUUAAGUGGUCCGGUGCUGUCCUCUCCUCAGACUCAUCAUCAUCUACUGUCCCCCUUAACUUGUUAUAUGCUGUUUCUCAUUAUGUCUGA